AUGCUUGUAGCAAUUUUAUCGUUUUUUGCCAUUUUAAUAAUUGUCGACUAUGUUUGGAAGAGAAAAACGAAUCAAUUGCUUAAAAACAUACCUGGACCUCUAGACUUGCCCAUACUUGGCUCUGCGUGGUUGCAUUUGAGUGCCAAACCCGAUGGUAGUGCCGCCCAUUGCAUUCUAUAUUCGCUUGAACCCUCUGAACUGAAUGUGAAUAUUUUUGAUUUUACAGAGCUACUGAAAUUGGCCUACUAUGUGACCACCAAUUAUGGUCGUGUGGUUAAAUCUUGGGUACUGCAUAUCCAUGCUCUGUUUGUCAGCGACCCCAAGUAUAUACAGGCCAUUCUUAGCCAUCCAACUGAAAUAAAGAAGAAUCGCAUGUAUUCCCUGCUGGAUAAGUGGUUGGGAGAAGGUUUGCUCACAAGCCAUGGCCCCAAAUGGCUGGCACGUCGCCGGGCCAUAACACCAGCCUUUCAUUUUCAAAUAUUGGAUAACUUUGUGAAUAUUUUUGACCAACAGGCGGCAAUAUUCGCUAGCAAAUUGGGCAAAAAUUCUGCGGAGAAAAAUACCAGCCUUGAGGAAAUUACCAGCGCCGCUAUGAAUUACACUGUUGAUGUUGAACAUUUUAUAGCUUUGGCCACACUGGAUGUAAUAUGUGAAACAGCAAUGGGGGUAAAGAUUAACGCUCAAACCGAUGAACAGUGCCAAUAUGUUCAGAACCUAAUCGAAUAUCGCAAGGUGAUGGGCGCUCUGCACAGUUUUACGGAAAAUAUAAUAAAGGAAAGAAGAAGAGAAAUGCUAAACAACCUUCAGGCCGGAAAUAAUGACAAACACAGCGACAAAACAUUGGAAACGGAGGCAACCUCAGUGUAUGGGCAAAAAAAGCAACGAAUGGCUCUAUUGGAUAUUUUACUUUCGUCGACCAUUGAUCAGCAGCCCCUAACAGAUCAAGAUAUACGCGAAGAGGUAGACACCUUUAUGUUUGAAGGUCAUGACACAACCAAGAGUGGUAUCGGCUUUACUUUAUUCUGCUUGUCACGCAAUCCGGAAGUCCAGAAAAAGUUAUAUGAGGAAUUGAAGGAAGUCAUAGGCGUGGAUGUGUCAGCUCCGUUGACAUAUAAUAAGCUGAUGGAUAUGAAAUAUAUGGAUAAGGUCAUAAAAGAAUCGUUGCGCAUGUAUCCACCUGUACCAUUUAUUGGCAGGCAAUUGGUCCAGGAUUUGUAUAUAGACUUAUCGAUUUUUCUAUGCUACACCAGUAUUGCGAUAAAGGCAGAUAUAAUUUAG